AGCCUCGAGAGGUAUUUCGUUAGGUUUAGUAAAGGUACUAGGAGUUGCCUAGGCAUCAAUCUCGCGCAUGCAGAGCUCUUCAUCGCCAUGGCUGCAGUUUUCCGCAACUUUGAAUUCAAACUCUACCAGACUGAACCUAGCGAUGUAAAGCUAGCCCACGACUUCUUCUUGCCUAGCCCAAGACUGGAUUCUAAGGGCGUCAGGGUCUUGAUGAAAGCAUGA